AUGGCACAAACGCCUCAGGACCAGCCCGAUGCCUUGAACGAAGGCAGACGGAUCUACCUCGGCAAUCUACCUUACAGGGCUACUCCCUACGACAUCGAGAACCUUCUUGCGGCGAAUAGCUUCGACAAGACAGAAAGUAUCCACAUCUCGGUUGAUCCAGUGAGCGCGCGAAACCCAGGCUACUGUUUCGUCGACUUCCCCGACAAGGCGACCGCCGACCGUGCGCUAUCCUCGUUGAAUGCACAAAUCGACGGUCGAUAUGUCAAGGUUGGACCAUGCGAGCCCAAGAAAAAGUUCAGUCGUCGCUUUAACCGCGAGGACGAGUACGCCUUCAAGCGAUGGGGUGACUGGAACUCGCAGUCCCGUAACGCCGACAGCAGCAGUAGUCGACCCACCGGUCAAGGUAUCGAACAGGGUCCUAUCGGGGCACUGAAUCAUUUCGAUGAUAUGGCAGAUAAUAAUAACAAAGGGCGAAGACUCUUUGUCGGUGGGCUGCCGAAGAUGAUCAAUCAAGCGGAGCACAACAGUGAAAUCGCUGACCUUCUUGGUGCUUUCAACCCGACACCGACUCACUCAGGACUUUAUACCAGAACUGCGAUCGGGAAACGCAUCACGCCAGACGAGUACACCAGAUCAUUCCCGGGUAACCAUCACUACUGCUUCGUUGACUUUGAAAAUAAGGCGGACAUGGACGCAGCAACCAAAGCACUCAAUGGCACUAUUUACCUAGGAAGUCGGCUGAAGGUCAGGCCAGCAAGGGAAAUGCCGAAGACUUUGAAAGACGCACGCCUGGGCUUGAGAAAUAACCGCCCCGAUGAAAAUGAGGACCAGAUCUCUUAUUCCGAUUAUAUGGCCAGAUCAAGCCGGGCAUUUCAAUCCAAUGACUGGCGCCGAAGGGAUAAGUAA